AACUGAAUUACCCGCAAUAACCAGAAGCCGGGUGUCAAGGGAUAAUCUCCCGUUUUCUGGUUAUCCAAACACCCAAGCUCUAUCUCUCUCUCUCUCUCCCUCUCUCUCUCUCUCUCUCUCUGUGCAGAGAGAAGAAUGGUCUCCAGCUCUUUGUCGAUACUCUCUUCUACGUCUUCAUUUCCAUCCAAUUCCAACACCGAUUCGUCUUCCACUUUCUCUUCCAUCAGACCCAGAGUCAGACCCUUCUACUCCUUCAAACGCAGCCUUAGUUUCCCCCAACCCCUCAGCUUCGCAAUCCCCAGAGCUUCUCUGGCGGAGUUGCAGACUGCUGUGGUCAGAUACAGGAAGAGGUUUCCUUGGUCUCUUUUACGGCCUUUUCUUCAGGUUGAUUUGGUUUCGACGAUUCACAUUGCGGAUAAAGAGUACUUUGAAACCCUUCAAAAGGAACUUGAACCAUAUGACUGUGUCCUCUAUGAAAUGGUAGCUAGCAGAGAGAGUUUGGAGAAUAGAAGAAACAUGACUGCCACAAAAAGACUUAAAGGUGCACGCUCACGAGGUUUUAACAUCCUUGGAUGUAUCCAGCGACAAAUGGCUCGAGUUCUUACGCUUGAUUUCCAAUUAGACUGUCUUGAUUACCAAGCUGAGAAUUGGUACCAUGCAGAUCUUGACUAUGAGACCUUCAAAUUACUUCAGGUUGAAAAAGGUGAAAGCUUUUUCACUUUUGCAAGAGACAUGACUCUUAGAUCAACAAAAGCUUUGGUACAGCCUGCAAUUCCAGAAGACCUUGAUCCUUGGAGAUCCAAGCUGCUAUGGGCUUCACGGGUGCUUCCUAUGCCACUUGUCGGCCUGCUCAUCAUUGGAUCUGUUUGUGAUGCGGGAAGCCAGGCAUCAGAAUAUCCAGAACUAGAAGCCUUGUCUAGGCUUGAUCUUGGUGCUGCAAUGAAGGUCUUCCUGGCAAAGAGACUAGCAACCGAGUUCACACAGGUGACAGCAGAUGUAGAGGAGAGUUCUGUGAUCAUUGGUGAAAGGAAUAGAGCUGCGGUAGAGGCACUUAGAAGAGCAAUUGAUGAGGGCCAUAAUAGGAUUGCCAUACUAUAUGGGGGUGGCCACAUGCCGGACUUGGGCAGAAGAUUAAGAGAGGAGUUUGAGCUAUACCCUUCCCGUGUGCAGUGGAUAACAGCUUGGUCAAUAACGAACCGGAUUCUAAAUAGCAAUUCCCUUCCAUUUCUGAAGACUCUGGCCAAAAUCUUGGGUUGGCCAUUGAACCGCUACCAGACUUUAGCACUGCUCAUCUUUUCCUCCGUGCUGGCAUUGGAUCUUUGGUUCUGGGAGCUCUUUUUCGGCACUGCAGUUGACUGGAUCUCACAAGCUGCAUCUGAUGUUUUUCAAUAUGUUGAUAGUUCACAGGUGAUGUGAUAAUCGUGACACAUAUGGGUUCAUUUAUAAUGAGACAUUCUUUAUAUAUGCACUUUGUAAAUAUUUUAAACUUCUCUGAUUAAAUUAUAUUACAAUGCUUGGACAAUCCAAGAACUAAAUAUGAUUCUUGAUUUCGAUGA